AUGCCUGUGAUUGUCCUGGAGGCCCGAGACUUCACCAGUCCCCUCUUUUUGGUGAGGACAUGGGAGGUCUUAUCCAGCUGUACCACCUUCAGUCUUGUUGCCUCGCUUGAACAUCAUCCGGUGUCAAACGUCAGUCUACCCAACACCUUCAGGGUCUUCUGCAUGUUCACCUGGUGCUUCUUCUUCACCCUCACUCUUCUCAUCCACAUUCUCAGUGUCAUCCAGUUUCACAGCCUCAUCCCAAUAUCCUGGAAGAACCUGACUAUGACCGUGGCAGUCUUAGGCGCACUGAUGUGUCUCAGUGCCUCUGUGGUUUUCCCUUGGAUCAUCAUUAAUCACCAAAGACCAUCUCCGCACUCUGUUCCGGCUGCUGUGGCCUCCUGUCUCACCUUCCUUGCCUACACCUCGGAGUCCUAUGUUCUUUGCAGCCAGGCCCACGAGCAAAGAGGCUACAUGGGCAGCAUGCCUGGUCUCCUCAAGAUUCUUCAGCUCUGGGGAGGCUGUCAGAUGGUACCCCUGUUUGCGGAGGCGGUCCGCAACGGAGAAUCCUGGCAGCAGUGGGUCCCUGGCUUCUUAUACGGUGUGUGUGUCCUCAUGUCUCUAGUCACAAUGGUGGUAAUAUUAGGGGACUUUGCUGGUCAAUGUCUUCUACCAUUUGACCGAUUUUUGGCUGCCUUCAGUCUGAUCGGGGUGCUGCUCUACAUGGUGGCCACAGUGAUUUGUUUUACCAAGAUACUGCAGCUGAGAGAGAAGGGACAUUUAGACAACCUAGACCUGGUCGUCAUUGAAACAGUGGUUGCCAGUAUUACACUGUUAGCUUAUACAGUGGACCUUGCCUUCGCCAUCAAACUGUUGUGUGACAGGAAUCACACAUGA